AUGAAUCCCAAGGGUAGAGUCUCUGAUACAGGAAUGGUCUCUUCCCUCACGGUGAGCGCCGACAUGAAGAAAGAGGAGCCUGAGGCCUCCAUCGGCGUCGUCAGUAUGGACGAGGGCCAGGAAAGGACAUUGGUCCGAAGAAUUGACUUCUGGCUUCUUCCCUUGCUCUGGGUCUCAUACACCUUGCAGUUUCUGGACAAGACGACCUUGGGAUACGCUGCCGUUCUUGGUCUUCCCGAGGGGACCGGUCUCGUGGGUGACCAAUACUCGUGGGCCUCUAGUGCCUUUUACUAUGGCUAUAUGGUGGCCUGCUAUCCUGCGUCCUUUGGAUUCAUCAAGUUCCCACUUGCAAAGUAUCUCUCUAUCACCAUGAUCAUUUGGUCCAUCGUCAUGGCUUGUCAUGCUGUCGCCCACAACUUCGCCUCAUUGACUGUGCUCCGUGUCCUCCUCGGCGUGUUUGAAAGCACCAUCAGCCCCGGCUUCACUUUACUUGUCGGCAUCUGGUACAAACCUUCCGAACACGCCAUGAGAACCUGCAUCUGGUUUUCCGGAAAUGCUUUUGCCGGCAUUUUCGGGGGGCUUCUCGCUUACGCCAUAGGGCACAUUGAAAGCAAGGUCGCUGCGUGGAGAUGGCUUUUCAUCAUCUUCGGGCUUGUCACAUUCAUCUGGGGCGUCGUGUUACUCAUCUUCCUGCCAGAUUCUCCCCUGACAGCUCGAUUUUUGACCGAAGAAGAACGCAAGUUCGCCCAGCGGAGACCACAGGCAGCCCAGAAAACCUACAAGAGCACCCGGUGGCGGAGAGAUCAAUUCAUUGAAGCUUUGAUCGAUCCCAAAACAUGGUUCGUGUUCGUCUACACCGUAAUGGUCGCUCUGCCCAACGGAGGUGUGACCAACUUUUCGAGCCUCGUCAUUCAGGGGUUUGGAUAUGAUACCUUCCAUACUCUUCUCCUCGGUAUACCCGCCCCGGUGAUCAGCUUCUGCUUACUUCUCGUCUCGGCGUACAUCACCAAUAAAUACCGACGGAUGCGUUGCUACACCAUGGCGUUCAUGCUCGUGAUCGCCCUGGUGGGCAUCCUGCUCGUGCGUCAACUCCCACGCGCCAACAAAAUAGGACGAUUGGUGGGGAUCUGGCUGGCCUGUGUCUUUGCGUGCGGGUUCCCGCUCAGCCUGAGCAUCGUCGCGAGCAAUUUCGCCGGGUACACCAAGAAGACCACCGUGACAGCUAUCUUGUUCAUAGGAUACUGCGCCGGAAACAUCGGUGGGCCGAUGGUUUUCAAAGCUCAAGAGGCUCCAAAUUACCAAUCCGCGUACGCCGCCAUCCUUGCAUGCAUGUGCAUCGGCCUCGCCACCGUCCUCGGUCUGCGCUUCUACAUGGCGUGGGAGAACAAGCGUCGCGACCGAGCCCAAGGAUGCAUGAUUGACCCCGAGCCCAAGAUCGAAUCGGCCGUCAACUUCGCAGGGGAAACCGAGGGAAGUGACGGCGGGAACAUGGACCUGGAUGUCUCAGACUGGGCGAAUGAGAGAUUCAGAUAUUGCUUGUGA